AUGCUACCGGUCAAUAUCUACGGACCUAAUGGUAAGUUCGCAGUCCUGGCAAUGUUCGACGAAGGUUCGGCAAUAACGAUCCUGGAAGAAGCCGUCGCCAAAAGGAUUGGUGUUAAAGGGCAGUGUCAUCCCCUCACACUGCAAUGGUACGAUGAUAGAGUGGUGACCGAGCAGUCAUUUAAAGUAAGUCUGGAGAUUGCGGGUUGCUCGAGCAGCAAGAGGUUCACGCUGAGAGAUGUGCGCACGGUGAAAAAUCUAAAUUUACCAGAACAGUCCUUUACAAAAGACGACUUCGAACAUUUACGAGAAUUGCCGCUACAAGAUUACCCCAGCACGAAACCUGUCCUGCUCAUUGGGCUGAAUCAGGCACAUCUAGGUGUUACCACAACCAUAGUACAAGCUGACAUAGGCAGUCCGCUAGCUGCCAAAACGUCAUUGGGUUGGGUGGCAUAUGGUCCGACUAAGCUUGCGUCAACGUCAAGUCUGCGAGUACUCCACAUGCGAGAAUGGCAACAUCUGCACCAACUGGUCUCGGACUACAUCACAACGGACAACUACGGUUUUAAUCCUGCAUCAGUCAAGCUUGAGUCUGAUGCCGAUAAGCACGCCAAAUCCAUAUUGGAGGCAACAACGCGAAUAAUAGGUAAGCGUUACGAAACUGGGCUUCUUUGGAAAAUGUUUCCACCACACUUUCCGAGUAGCAGAGAAAUGGCGGAACGGCGCUUGCUGUCGGUAGAAAGGCGCAUGCAUCAAGACGCAGAAUUUGCUCUACGUUACAAGCAAGAAUUGUCGAAAUACGUGGCGAAAGGGUACGCCAUAAAGCUAACCAGCCAGGAAAUCAGCGCGCCAUAUGCACAAGCCUGGUAUCUACCUCAUUUUGCUGUCUUUAACCCAAGCAAGCCCAGCAAACUCCGCAUCGUCUUCGACGCCGCAGCUACAGUGAAUAAGGUUUCACUGAACUCAGUCUUGUUAAAGGGCCCCGAGCAGGCACAGCCGCUCAUACGCAUACUAUUGCAAUUCCGCCAGGGCGAAAUUGGCGUAGCAGCGGAUAUAAGAGAGAUGUUUUCGCAGGUUAAAGUACGACCGAUGAACCAACAUGCUCAGCGAUAUUUGUGGAGAGAUGGAGACUCCAAUCAACCGAUCGAAGAAUAUAUGAUGACGUCGAUGAUCUUCGGGGCAGUUUGUUCGCCUUGCAUCGCAGAGCAUGUUAAAAACAAAAACGCAGAAAGGUUCAGAAUUCAAUUUCCCGAAGCAGCCUCCAUUGUUAUUAACAAUCACUAUGUCGAUGACCUGGUGACUAGUUUUCACACGCCGGAGCACGCAAUCAAAAUUUGCAAACAGAUAGUUGCCAUCAAUUCGGAAGCCGGGUUCGAAUUGCGGAACUUCAUCUCUAAUUGCGGCUACAUAGAGAAAGCCAUGAACAAAACACCUCUAACGACAAGGGAGGUAAUUAAUAUGGAACGCAACCAGACGGCUGACAAAGUACUUGGUAUGUACUGGAAUACCAGAGACGAUACUUUCGAGUUCCAUACAAAAUUCCAUCGCGUACCGCAGCCAGUGCUAGAGGGAAUUCGCGCUCCGACAAAAAGAGAACUACUGGGCAUAGUGAUGGCAGUCUUCGACCCAUUUGGGCUACUAGCGAACUUUUUGAUAACUACGAAAAUCAUCAUACAAGACACUAGAAGACUAGGCAUUGGAUGGGACGAGAAGUUAGAUGCUGAAUUGGCUGCAAGAUGGUCCCGCUGGUGGAAGGAGUUCCCGAAUAUCAAAGAGUUUCAAGUACCAAGAUACUACUCACCCAAUAUUUCGCACAGCAGCAGAAUUGAGUUGCAUAUUUUCGCCGAUGCCAGCCAGGCAGCCUUUGCAGCGGUGGGCUAUUUCCGAGUGGUGUAUGACAGUUCAGUUGACGUAACGUUCGUCAUGGGUAAAACACGCACCGCGCCGAAGAGGCUUCUGUCUAUACCACGACUUGAACUGCAAGCCGCAGUUCUAGGGACAAGGCUAAGUAAACUGCUUGUCAACAAUCACAAAUUUAAAAUCAGUCGCGUUUUGUUUUGGAGCGACUCACAAACGGUCUUACAAUGGGUCCACUCUUCAGAGAGAAAAUACAAACCCUUCGUGGGCCAUCGAAUCUCUGAGAUUGUAAGUGCAACUUCCCCUGAGCAGUGGCGCUGGGUACCCACAAACAUCAACCCUGCAGAUGCCGCUACGCGGCCGCAAAAUCCACCUAGGUUCGAUAAAAACUGUCACUGGAUUAAAGGCCCAGACUUCCUGAAGAACGAUGAAGAGCAUUGGCCGUCCACCAUUAUCGAGCGUUCCAGCGGACUUCUGGAAGAAGUUGAAACGAGUUAUAUACUAUAUUGUCAGGCAAGUAGAACUCUAAUAGAUUUUACUAAAUUUAACUCAUAUUUAAAGCUGAAACGUACUGUCGCCUGGGUCAUACGAGCCCAACUUUUAUUCCGGAGGAAAUCGGUGCCCGUUGACGUACAUCUGUCGAAGACCUUAACUGCUGCUGAAAUCGACCAGGCAGAGCGUAUAGUGAGCAAACAGGUACAGCAAGAGUGCUUCGCAAGCGAGAUCGAACAGCUUUCCUCAUCACGCAAGUUACCCCGGCAAAGUGGUGUGUAUGGCCUUGCACCCUAUCUAGACGAGGACGGCCUCUUGCGACUGAACGGUCGCAUUGACGAGGCAACAUGCCUACCAUUCGACGCUCGCAGACCGAUUCUGUUGCCGUCAAAUCACGUUGUCGCAGCACUGAUCGUCCAACACUACCACGAACAGAACCACCACCAGAAUACGGCAGUCACAAUCAACGCCGUAAGACAGAGAUUCUGGAUUCCGCACAUAAAGACACUCUUAAAGAAGGUACAACGAAACUGUUUAAAAUGCAAAAUAAAUAAAGCCAGCCCCGUCGCACCAAUGAUGGGACAACUUCCACCUGAUCGCUUAACCCCGUAUGUCCGCCCAUUUUCGUAUACUGGCGUUGACUUAUUUGGACCGUUUAAUGUUACAGUAGGGCGACGAAGGGAGAAAAGGUGGGGUGUCAUCUUCACCUGCUUGACCGUGAGGGCAGCGCACAUUGAGUUAGCCGAAAACCUCUCAACGGAUGCGUUCAUUCUGUGUCUACGGAAUUUUAUUAAUCGUCGCGGCACCCCCGUGCGAAUCAGGAGUGAUAACGGCACGAAUUUCAUCGGGGCCCAAAAGGAGUUGAAAAACGCUGAACAACUAUUCGACACCGACCGCAUACAAGCAGAGGCCGCAAAUAGAUAUAUAGAUUGGAAAUUUAAUUGCCCGUCCAACCCCAGCGCUGGUGGCUGUUGGGAGCGGCUGAUUAGAAUCGUGAAGUCCUUGCUGAGUCAUACGCUGCGUGAAGUGGCGCCGAGAGUCGACACCCUACAAUCUGUACUCACUGAAGCUGAGAGUAUUAUAAACUCCCGCCCGCUAACGGACUUGCCAUUGUCACACGAAGACGAUGAGCCACUCACACCGAACCACUUUCUGAUCGGGUGCGUUAACUCAACUCAAACCCCGCAUCCGGUCGAUGAGAAAAUUUGUCUGAGGAAGCAGUGGCGAAUAGCGCAGAAUCUCAAAGAUCGCUUGUGGAAACGGUGGACCACGGAAUAUUUGCCUCAACUCAUUUGUCGCAGCAAGUGGAGGGAGAAAGCGAUCCCGCUGCAAAUCAACGACUUAGUGCUAAUAUGUGAGCCAUCCCAACCACGCACUCACUGGCAGAAGGGUCGUGUUACGAAGGUCUUCCCCGCAAAAGACGGCCAAGUUCGCGUAGCAGAAGUGAAGACAAGCAGCGGAUUUUUACGUCGUCCUGCCACACGCCUAGCUCGGCUAAUCGUAGAAGGUGAAUCUCGGGAAGAUUCACGGGGGGAGGAGUGUUGGGAACCCUGUCACUAA